UUGGGCCUAAAUGAACACCAUCAAAACGAAGUUAUUAACUACAUGCGUUUUGCUCGUUCCAGAAGAGGCUUGAGACUCAAAACUGUCGAUUCCUGCUUCCAAGACCUCAAGGAGAGCAGGCUAGUGGAGGAGACCUUCACCGUGGACGAGGUGUCCGAGGUCCUGAGCGGGCUGCAGGCCGUGGUCUACAGCGAGGUGGAGUCUGAGCUCAUCAACACGGCGCACACCAACGUGUUACUCCUGCGGCAGCUCUUCUCCCAAGCCGAGAAGUGGUAUCUCAAGCUGCAGACGGACAUCUCGGAACUUGAAAACAGAGAAUUAUUAGAACAAGUUGCAGAAUUCGAAAAAGCAGAAUUUACGUCUUCGAAUAAAAAGCCCGUCCUAGAUACCCUGAAGCCAAAGCUUGCUCCACUAAAUGAGGGCGGAACAGAACUCCUGAACAAGGAAAUUGAACGACUUCAAGAAGAGAAUGAGAAAUUGAAGUCGAGGCUGAAGACCAUUGAAAUACAGGCAACACAGGCAUUAGAUGAGAAGUCAAAACUGGAAAGAGCACUGCGGGACUUACAGCUUGACCAAGGAAAUCAAAAGGAUUUUAUAAAGGCCCAAGACUUGAACGACCUGGAAAACACAGUUGCUGCUUUAAAGAGUGAGUUUCAGAAGACACUUAAUGACAAGACAGAAAACCAGAAGUCCCUGGAGGAGAAUCUGGCAACAGCCAAGCACGACCUCCUCAGGGUCCAGGAGCAGCUGAGCAUGGCUGAAAAGGAAUUAGACAAGAAAUUCCAACAGACAGCAGCUUAUCGAAACAUGAAAGAGAUUCUCACCAGGAAGAAUGACCAAAUCAAGGACCUGAGGAGAAGACUGGCCAAAUACGAACCCGAAGAUUAA